AUGUCUUCACAAGAUGUUACUUUAUCUCAGUCUUCUCAGAAUUUAUCUGAAGAAUUUGCUGAGGCUGCACGACAGCUUAAAAAAGAAGCACCAAGAAUCCAGUUUGGCAAAAUUGAUGUGACACACCAAUAUGACUUGAGAAAAGAAUUUAAUAUUCAAGCCUUUCCUACUGUGAAAUUUUUUGUGAAUGGCAGCAGGGAAGAUCCCAUAGACUGCAAAGGAGUCAGAAAAGCCUCAGCCUUUAUUACGUGGGUAAAAAGAAGAACAGGACCUAGCACUGUUUUAAUCAACUCUACUGAUCAGGCUGAAGCCAUCAUAAAAGCUGGUGAUUUAGCAGUGAUUGGCUUCUUUAGGGAACUUCACAGUGACAGUGUGGAAGUUUUCUGUGAGACAGCCAGAGAUGUGCCAGAGAUGCCUUUUGGGAUGACAGCCAGUGAGGAGGUCUGUGCCAACUACGGUGUCCAAAGGAACUCUCUCGUUGUGUUUAAGGAGUUGAUAAGGCCAACAACCUCACAAACUUCACUGUUUGUCCAGGGAAAACCUGUGCAUAAUGAAGUGCUUGAAGAUGGUAGGCAGAGCAAGCUGGGCCUGACAAGGAUAAUCAAAACCUUUACCUUGGAUUUGGUAACUGAAUAUAACAUUGAGACAUCUGUGAAGAUUUUUGAUGUCCCUGUUGAAAAUCACAUCCUGCUGUUCACCCCAAUGAACUCGGAGACAUUCAAUGAGAUUUACGAAAACUACCAGUCUGCUGCUGCACAAUUCAGAGGAAAGAUGCUGUUUGUUUUGGUGGAUACUGAUGAAGCAAGGAAUGGACGGAUUUUUGAGUAUUUCCGCAUCAGGGACAUCGAUGUUCCUGCUGUGAGGAUCCUCAAUCUCACCAGUGAGGCCAGGUACAAAAUGCCUGCAGAUGAGGUGACUGUGGAGAACCUGAAAGACUUCUGCCAGAGCUACCUACAUGGAAAAGCAAAGCAACAUCUCCCUAGUGAAGAAAUUCCGCAAGACUGGGACAAGAUGCCUGUCAAAGUGCUUGUUGGGAAGAAUUUCAACAGUGUCAUCUUCAAUAAGACCAUGACUGUAUUUGUUAUGUUUUAUGCCCCUUGGUCCCAUGAGUGCAGAAAACUCCUGCCAGUCUGGGAUAAGCUGGGAGAGCAAUAUGAAAGCCACAAAGACAUAAUGAUUGCAAAGAUUGAUGUCACAGCAAACGACAUCCUGGCCGUGGCUCUGGACCGCUACCCGUUCUUCACGCUCUUCCCUGCUGGGGCCCAUCACCAGGAAGUGGCCUAUACUGGGGAAUACACACUGGAGGCAUUCUCUGAAUUCUUAGAAGAACAAAGAAAGAAGAAAGCAGAAGCAGGAGAGGAGGAGCUCCGGGCCGUGACCGAGCGCCGGGCUCGGGGCUCAGAGCAGCCGCCGCCGCGGCCUUGCGGCCGGGCCCGCAUUCCCGCACCAUCCCACGGCUCCACCGCCACCUGCCGGGAUGUGCGGGCAUCCCAGCCCGGCUCGGGACCCUGGGACACGGCCUGGCCCGGGAACGGCACCGGCAGCGCCGAAGGACCGGGAGUCUGGCAGGGAAAACAGCGCCCGGGGCACGGCCCGGCAGCCCGAGGGGCACGGGCACAGCCCGGCGCCUCAGGGCGGACAAUGAAUGGAUCUGCCAGAUCUUUAUACUGGAUCCACUGGAUUCUAUGA